UCGUCUUCCGCGAUACGUGGAGGCUUCCACUGUCACUACGGAGUCGUGACUCGUGAUCCUGCAUCACACCCAUCUUCUCUGAGUGGUGUCGUUCGGUUGCCUUAACAAGGAAUUGUGGAUUUUUGUUUAUUAAGAAAAAAAGAAAGAAAGAAAGAAAGAAAACUCUUCACUCCUCAACUCGUGGGACACACUCAUGGCGAUGACCCCAUGUCACCAUUCUCCGUCCUCCGCCGCGCUUGGAAGCUUUGACUUUUCUUCCUAGACAUAGUACCAUGACACUACCCCAAACUUCCCUCUUUCCCAGCCUCUCUUUCUCACUUCGUCUCCCGGACGACCUUAGGCUUCCUCAUUUAUUUCUUCUCGUUUCUUUUUUGUUGUUGCAAUAAACAGGGCAAGCCUCACGGCUUGAAAGAGUAAAUUACAGAAGUCUAGGCCACCCCAGCAGGGGUAAUUCCUCAUUUGUUUCUACCUCCUAGGCUUCUUCAUCUCGGCUCAAUUCCGUCAACAGUUUCACCCAAUCAUGGCUUCGCCGUUAAGUUCUGCUUGUGGAUUGCUCCUGUUCAUGGUAAUGUUGAGCUUGGGUUCACGAAGCUGUCAUGGAUUCCGGACCCUCGGUUUCGCUAUGCACCACCGGUAUUCGGAUCCCGUUAAGGGAAUUAUGGGCAUUCACGACCUACCUGCCAAGGGAAGUCGAGAAUACUAUGUGGCCAUGUCUUACAGAGACCGCCUAGUCCGAGUUCGUGGACUCGCCGGUGUGGAUCCUAAGGCUCUGACGUUCGCCGCCGGCAACGAUACUCGUCGUAUUUCCUCCUUGGGAUUUUUGCAUUACGCCAAUGUUUCUGUUGGGACACCACCUGUAUGGUUUCUUGUGGCAUUAGACACUGGUAGCAACUUGUUCUGGUUGCCAUGCAAUUGUACCGCCACGAAUUGUGUGCAUGCCUUGCGGACACCAAAAGGGAAGAGAUUGAAACUCAACAUCUAUGAUACUCAUGCAUCCUCAACAAGCAAGAAUGUUCUCUGUAACAGCACCAUAUGUAGGCAUAAGAAACAAUGUCCUUCAUCUGACAGCAGUUGUGAAUAUCAAGUUCGCUAUCUUACAAGGAACACAUCAUCAACUGGAGUCCUAGUGGAAGAUGUCUUGCACUUAAUUACGGAUGAUGAACAGACCAAAGAAGUUGAGGCACGUAUUGAUUUUGGAUGUGGUAUUGUUCAAACAGGUUCUUUCUUGACUGGUGCAGCACCGAAUGGUUUGUUUGGGCUUGGUAUAAGCAAUAUAUCAGUGCCAAGCAUAUUAGCUAAAGAAGGGCUCACUUCAAAUUCUUUCUCUAUGUGUUUUGGGGAUGAUGGUGUAGGGAGAAUACGAUUUGGAGAUAAUGGCAGCUCAGACCAAAGAAAAACACCGAUCAACCUUGAAGCAUUGCAUCCAAGUUACAAUAUCACUAUCACUCAAAUUAUUGUUGGAGAAAAAGCUACAGACUCCGAGUUCAAUGCAAUUUUUGACUCUGGAACUUCGUUUACAUACCUAAACGAUCCUGCUUAUGCAAACAUUACGAGCAGUUUCAAUUCCAUGGUCAAAGGAAAACGCUAUCAAUUUGAUUCUCAUAUUGAAAUUCCCUUUGAGUAUUGUUAUGAAAAUACAACGAGCAAUCAGACCAGACUUGAAUUUCCCUCCUUGAAUUUGAAAAUGAAAGGGGGAGACAAUUAUUAUGUUAUUGAUCCGCUUGUUUAUAUUGUUUUUGAGGAUGUUGAAACCGUCAGCACAGCGAUUUGCCUCGGCAUCGUGAAAGGUGAUGAUGGUGUGAAUAUCAUAGGACAGAAUUUCAUGACUGGUUACCAUAUAGUCUUUGAUCGUGAUAACAUGCUUCUGGGUUGGAAGAAUUCCAGCUGUUAUGAUGACAAGGUCUCAAAUGCAUCAACUAUAAACACUGCACAUUCUCCGGCAGUUUCUCCUGUUGUUUCGCCUGCUGUUUCUCCUGCACGUUCUACAAAAACUGAAGCCACAAUUAACCAGUCUGACAGUUCAAGGCCGCAGCAGCCUAAUCACUCAUUCAAGAUCAAACCUUUUAUGGUCACAUUUCUUCUGGUUCUUUUCACAGGAUUUGCAAUUUUUUGAUCACUCUGGUCGAAUUCGAAUUCUCUAAAGCAUAAUUCAGCCAAAUUGAGAAGAGAGAAACAAAGCAAGGGGUGAAACUUGAGUUUUACAAAAGCAGGUUCUACCUCUCUGUCUUUCCCUUUCUCCUGAUCAAUUUGUAUAUUGAAGUUCUCAGCUAUCCAUUUUAUUUUUAUUUAAAAUUAAUUCACAGAGUGCUCUUCACAUUCACAAUAUAUAUAUAUAUAUAUAUAUUCAGUAUUGUAUUAUUUGAAGUAUAGGGUAAAAUACUUUGGCUUGGUGAUAAAGCAAAAUUUUUUUCCGUCCACGUACGUGAUUAAUGUAUUUUGACAUUGACAUAAAUCAUAUAAAGGCUUCUGUAAUUUUCCUAUCACCUUUUUCCCCAAAGCUCUUUGAGAUGUGGAGAAAGCGGUGAUCUGCAUUUUUAUUGAACUCUACUUGUCAUUUCUUCUGAUAGGUAAGAUUAGUUGCAGUUAUAUCAUGUAUUCUUGUUUUUGGAUUGAAGUUGAACCAUGGUUUGAAUAACUAA